GUUUAUUAUGUUAACGGCAAGAAAGUAAGUACAUCUCUGGAUCCCCUUAAGUUUGAGAGAAUUUAUAUAACCGUCACGUUGCAUUAUGAUUGUAAUAUAAUUUCGUUUCUUUAUUCCGAGGGAGUGAUUUAGAGUUUUAAAAAAUGAUUUUGUUAAGUUGCUCUUUCAUAAGUUACUAAUAGAGAGAGAGAAAAACGAAUUAUCGACCAAAGAGGUUUUUUAUCGUUUGGAGGUUAUAAACUAAAAGUAAAUCUUGCUUGUUUUUAAACAGCCAUCUCGCUAGUUUUCAGAAACGUGGUAGUGAAACGUUUGUGCCAUUUAAUAAACAAUAAUUAAAACAAAGAGAAAAAGAGGAUCGGUCUCAUGCAGAUAAAUAUUUUGUCUUCUUACUCGAUGUCACUACAAGAGAUGCUCUCUGGCAAUAAAGAAUUUCAACACGACUCCUCACCGAGUUUGUAGAGCAUUAGAUCCCGCUCAUUUUUGGUAGACCACGUCCUCGUGACCCGUUUACCAGCUGAUCUUGUUUUUACGGUUAUAGUAACAGCGAUGUUAGGUGUUCUACGAAGACACUGGAAACCUAAACGGAGUGCUGGCGAGAGGAAGAAAAAAGGUAAAGAUAAGUCAACGUUAGAUGGCGGUCGUGAAGUAUCGAAUAAUUCAAAAGAAACGACUCGUCUUCCACGGAUCGUCAGGGACGUCCGCCAAGUCCAUCCACAUGAACUAGAUAAACUUAAUGUUAUAGGAACAGACUGUACAAUUGUAGUGACAAGUAAUAAUGAUCACUGGGACUCGUCAAAGAAGAAUCAGAAAGAUACGGUUAUUCGGGAUCUUGAAAAUCGCCAAAAAGCUGUCAAUGAUAAUCAAAAACAUUCUAUAAAAAACAUUAAAAGUAACCCUGUAGGAGGCUUACAAGGUUCUCAGGAUGCUGAUAGUUGUAUGCAAAAGAACUCCAACGUAUCAGUGAUCAAAUAUCAAAAUGUAGAAAAAGAAGAGAAUGCGCAGUUCUUUGAAAAUAGCGUCCCAUUGGACGAAAGAAGUAGUAAAAACGUGAAGGACAGCAGUGGCAGUGAAAAACGUGAUGUGGAGUCAUCGUUAUUGUUUACUGAAGAUAAAGAUGUCGCACAUAAUAUGAAUGGAGGUUCCAUUGAUUCCGAUAAAAACGUUGAAAAGCAUCUGAAUGACUUUUAUAAUUACGCAAACGCGAACGAAUGUGAUGAUAAAUACUGGUUCGAGAAAAGUGGAGAAGAUCAUGAAGAGAUCCGUUGUACCGACGAUUUAACAGAUGAACGAAAGGCAGAUGAUGUGCCGGAUUUCGAAACAGAAAUAGAAAAGAUGGACCCUAUAAAG